UCUGGACAAUUUAAAUUUCAUGUUCGAAAAAUGAGUACGCAUUUCGAAUAUUGCUCUUGACAAGUCGACAUUUUCUGCUUGGGGGACCGUCGUGCGGUCUUCGUUUUCUUUUCGGUUACAUUCGGAUCGUCCGUUUAGCGCACGAGUUGAAGGGUUCAGUUCUGCGAAGGCAUUUAGAAAAAAAGGGCACGAAAAUAAGGUCUUUUUCGGUCAGGAAGCAGGCUGCGUGCGAUAGUCUGUCAGAUUGCAGCAUCUUUUCGUGCGUUUACCGAAGGCGGUUCUCGUGGUUUUCAGUGCAAUCUUGUGCUAGCGCCUGUGUGUGUGUGUGUAAGUGAUUUGCACCGUGAAAAACGAGGAAGAAGGAGUAAAGUGUCAGUGCGGAAUACCAUAUCAGUGGAUAACCGGAAGUACCGUGUGUGUUUUGCAGAGUGCUAGGCAUGUUUGUCAUGUGUGACUAAGUGUAUUUUCUCAGUCGGAAAGAAUCGGAACGACGAAAACGUAUCAAUUGCAACAUACUCGGUCAGUAUACGAGCAGGAGCAUCAAGCUGCAAUCUUUGCUGCAUCCGGACCAGCUCCCAGCUGCUAUGUCCGGUUUCAUUCCUUGCAAAUCGUUGCUAGUCACAAGCGCGAAGAGAAAACGGUGAAAAGCAAAGCAAAAGAAAAGCCGGAAAGGACAAAAUCCGUGCGAAUCGUUUGGAUGUUAGUUCUUGCAUGAAAUCGGGCGACCGUGAGAGGAGGAUGUAGUUGAGUCUAAUCAGCACCACCAUUUAGCAUCUUUAUUUGCGACGUGUCACAAAAACGAACAUAGUGCAUGCCGCAGUCCCUUGGAAUCAUACAAAAUACCUGCUUCCCGUACGGUUUUUGUGUGAUUGACAAGAGUUGAUACAAGCGGCAGAAAUCAUCAACCAGAAAUUUUCAACCACGCGUAUCCUUCCUCAUCCUACAAACGCUGAUACCACCGGUUCGUCUGCCUCCUUGGAUAUUGAAUUCAGCAGGGAAAUUUCGAUUGUCGAUUGCUCACCAUAAAAAAAACCCCAUUUACCAGCUCGAGCCGAAGGAUAUUCCGUGGCAUUCCACAUAUCAACACAGGACACGAAAAACACACAACACACACACACACAAAUACCAACAAGCUCCAUCGAGGACGCGGCGCGUGAGCACACGUUUUUAUCGAUCCAUAGAGAAAAUCAGGAAGUGCCACCAGCUCUUUCCGACGUUCGUCAGCGAGAACGUACCGACGAAAACAGACCAGUCACACUUGUACGCUUGGUAACGGACAGACAGCAACAAAAACAGCAAAAAGGAAGCCCACCAAACAAAGGUGCGUUUUGGCCACCAUCAGCCACCAUUAAACGGGCGAGCGAAUGAGUUCGAUGCUCGUGAUCAUCUGUCUAAUGUGAGACGCCUGCAGGGAGUAGAACGUCAUCCGUAAAAGGAAACGAAAUCGAUUUUCAAGUUCAUCGCGUUCUAGAAAGUAAAUAAGCGGCCACCUUUACACCUUCACCCGUCAGCCGGCGCAUCGUAUUUGGGUAGGCGCGCAAAAAACCCCAAAUCGCCACCGACGUCGUCGUCCUCGUCGGUGUCGUUUGCAACUGAGUGGGCUUCGUGGGACCAUGUGCGCGAUCUGUACUGCCGUGCCGGAGAGUGACAUCUUUGUGCUGAGAUAGCAUAGAUACGCGUCCCUCGUAGCCAUUGUCGCGCAGCUGAUAAGCGCCAACAGCCAGCCGUUCCUGUCCCGUCCUUCUUCGUGCGCUCGCUGCUUAUCAGCAUCAUCGGCAGUGCCGAACGAUCAUUGCCACCAACACCGCCAACUAAUAUAGCAUAACAAGAGUGCGCGGUCACCCGCACUGUGACACCAGCACACACGCGUCUCCACACCUUCAGGCGCCUUCCCGCCGAACGAAAAAGGGUAGGUGAAGAAACGGUUUUUUUUUUUGUUUUGCCAUUCGGCACAACAACCCUCUCCCCCGUGCGCCGUCGGUGUUAAGCCACUCACUAACACCAGCGUCGGCAAAACCACCACACCACAUCAUUACCGCGGUUAAGGUGGUCGUUGUAAAAGCGCGUCGCUGUGCCGCGGCAGCCACCGAUUGCGUGCCGGCAGUCGUUGAAGGCAUCGUUGGCGGCGUGCUUGCAUUCUCGUGCGCGAGCUACUCCGAGCUCCGGCACCGUGCCUCAGUCAGUCUGAUUGCGCGUCGGAGUGUCACACGGGUGAAACCUCCCUGACGGUGGCCAUACCUGGGCACGAGGGUCUGUGCGUGUGUGUGUGUGUGUGUGUAGCGUGUAAGCUGUGAUACAUGAUGCCACUGGCGGAAGGAUCGGCCUCGGCCGAUCGGUUCACGGCUGCGGGAUCGGCAGCAGGAUCAACGUACGAUGUACCAGCCCAGCUGGACACGACGCUUACCGAUGGUGGUCGUUACGGUGAUUCUGCUGCCGUGCUUACCGCUGCUGAUGAAACCGAUCGGGCGACGGUACCGUGCUUAAACGAAAAUCCCGGCAUACGGCCGGAAGCCGAAGAUGAGGACGGGCCGGCGGCAGUACAGAUCAAGAAAGCGCGUAAGUCUAUGCUAUUCACAACGCACAACCACCACCAUCAUCCACAACAUCACCGGUCACACCGGUACGAUAUCGAGCAAGAAAAAUCGAAUCCUGACGCUGUGUCCACUUUAGCCGAGCUGCUACAGGAAUCCGGUCUCCAGGCGUCCGUACACGACAUACUGAACGAUGGCGAGGAGGACCAGAUGUUCAUUACCGGCUACGAGCGGUGUCUGCGCAAAACGUUCCUGUGCUACGUUGGCUUCCUGCUUACGUUCGGCAUCCUGCGGUUGGUGAUGCAUUGGCGGCGCCAUUGGCUGCUGCUUGCGACGCACCGCGAAUGUUCGCUCGAGCAUGCCGACAAGGUGCUGAUCCAUGAGGCGUACCAGCGCAAGCACGAUCUGUACUAUGUGAAGGACGUGAUUACGCUCAGCGGUGAUGUUAUCAGUGAAAUUCUGGAUGAAAAAAAGAAACCAACCACAAGCAACGCUCGUAACGUGAUCAAGGAGCUGACGCAGAAUGGUAUUGCGGAUUACGUCGGGUUUUUUCGCUCACUGAAUCCGUUCCAGGUGGCUUACCAUCGUACCGGUGGACGAUUCGAGCAUGCGAGCACCAUGCGUUACUUUUCCUGCAAGAAGCUACGGUACAUCUGGUGCGAUCUGAGCAAGAAGUUUAUCAAGCUGCAAGGUUUGGAUGUGGAGGUGCCGAGCGUACUCAUCCACCAUACGAAGGGACUGUCCGUGUACGAGCAGAGCAUCCGCCGCUUGAUCUACGGAAGUAACGAAAUCUUCAUCCCGGUGCGCAGCGUACUAACGCUGCUGUUUCUCGAAGUGCUCAAUCCGUUCUACGUGUUUCAGAUCUUUUCGGUGAUAUUGUGGUUUUUCUACGAGUACUACUACUACGCGGUGGUGAUCAUACUGAUGAGCGGGUUCGGUAUUACCGUGUCGAUCAUACAGACGCAGCGCAACCAGCGCGCACUUUACUCCACUGUGAAGAACACCGACACGGCGAUGGUGGUGCGCGACAGCAUGGAAUCGGAAACGAUCGAAACGCGUUUUCUGGUGCCGGGUGAUGUGUUGGAAAUUCCUGCCACCGGUUGCACGAUGCAGUGCGAUGCGGUACUACUGUCCGGCAACUGCAUCCUGGACGAAUCGAUGCUGACGGGUGAGAGUGUACCGGUCACAAAGACACCGUUGCCGCUCAAGCGUGAUCUGAUCUACAAUCGCAAGGAGCAUGCGCGCCAUACGCUUUUCUGUGGGACACGCGUCAUCCAGACGCGCUACAUCGGCAGCGAGAAGGUCCUGGUGAAGGUGCUGAACACGGGCAACAUCACGGCAAAGGGUGGACUGAUCCGAUCGAUUCUCUAUCCACCGCCGGUGGACUAUAAGUUUGAGAAGGAUUCGUACAAGUUUAUUACCGUGCUGGGUGUGGUGGCGUUCUGUGGAUUCGUUUACACGCUCUACACCAAGAUUAGCCGCAGUAUCGGCGCGGUGAAGAUCAUUGUGGAAUCGUUGGAUCUGAUAACGAUCGCUGUACCGCCGGCACUACCGGCUGCGAUGACGGUCGGCCGUAUGUAUGCGCAGAAGCGUUUGAAACGGAGCAACAUUUACUGCAUCUCGCCCCGAGCAAUCAACGUGUCGGGCAGUAUCGAUUGCGUGUGUUUCGACAAAACCGGCACACUGACGGAGGACGGGCUGGAUAUGUGGGGCGUGCUGCCAAAGGAUUCGACCAACAGCUUCCAGAUACCGCUGAAAGACAUUACCCGGUUGCCGAUGAGUGAUCAUCUACUGUUCGGUAUGGUCACUUGCCAUUCGAUUACGUUCGUCAACGGUGAGAUGCGUGGCGAUCCGCUUGAUCUGAAGAUAUUUGAGUCUACCGGGUGGAUACUCGAGGAGGCGAAUGUGUCCGACGAAACCAAAUACGAUAUGCUGUUCCCGACGAUCGUGAAACCACCUCGGGGCGAUUCGCGAGACGAGCUGAACCUCGAGCUGGACGUGGCGUACGACAAUUCCAACGAUAUCGGUAUCGUGCGAGAGUUUUCCUUCACCAGUGCGCUGCAACGGAUGUCGGUAGUAACGCGAAAGGUGUCGGACAAUCAUUUCAACGUGUACGUGAAAGGUUCACCGGAGAUGAUCAGCACGUUGUGCCGGCCCGAAAGCAUACCGGAGGAUUUCCAAUCGAAGCUAGGUUUUUACGCACAACAAGGUUAUCGAAUCAUUGCGAUUGCGUACAAACAGCUGGACAAGAAGCUAAACUACCCGAAGGUGCAAAAAAUUGCCCGCGAAAAGGUGGAAUGUGAGCUGGAAUUUUUGGGCUUUGUCAUACUGGAGAACCGGCUCAAGGCGGACACGGAGGAGGUGAUCGAGAGUUUGAAUGCGGCCAGCAUACGCUCGGUAAUGGUAACCGGCGACAAUCUGCUGACGGCGGCAAGUGUCGCACAUGACUGCGGUAUGAUACUGCCCGGUCAGAACCUGGUGACGGUAACCGCACACGCGGAUAAAGCAAACCCGGACCAUUACUUUCUGUCGUACGAUAUUACCGGUCAGCCGCAGCUCACACAGUCCGACAUUAUUAACGAUAAUCAGGUACCAGGCAUUAAACCGGACGGUACGCCAAAGGUGAAGGAAAAUGGCAACUACGCGCUCAUGACGGAAUCUAACAGCAUUAGCAGUUCGAUCGACACGUGUACCAUCUCGACCCAGCUGAGCACAAACUUCGACAAGGAUCAUCACUCGCACCGAAUCAUGAUCGAGGCGGACCACGACUGUAACUCCAUCACGGACAUAAAGGUAGUAAAUGGUGUUACGUCCGAUCCACUAACGCUUGCAAAGACGUCCGGUACGUUCUGCUUCGCGCUGACCGGCAAAACGUGGGCCAUCAUCAACGAACACUUCCCGGAGCUGGUGCCCACCAUCACCUCGUUCGGCACAGUGUUUGCCCGUAUGUCGCCGGAUCAGAAGCAACAUCUGAUUACGGGACUGCAAAAUCUCGGCUAUUACGUCGCAAUGUGUGGCGAUGGUGCGAAUGAUUGUGGCGCGUUAAAGGCGGCACAUACAGGCAUUUCGCUUUCGGAAGCAGAAUCAUCCGUCGCGUCUCCGUUCACGUCGAAAAAUCCUACCAUCGCCUGCGUACCGAACGUGAUCAAGGAAGGACGGGCCGCGCUGGUUACCUCCUUUGGCAUAUUUAAGUUUAUGGCUGCCUAUUCGCUGGUCCAGUUCGCUUCCGUCGUUAUUCUAUACUCGAUCGAUUCAAACUUGACCGACUGGCAGUAUCUGUACAUCGAUCUGUUCAUCAUCUCCAUUGUGGCAUUCUUCUUCGGUAAAACUUCCUCGUACGAUGGACCGCUGGUGAAGCAAACGCCCUCCAACUCGCUGAUAUCGCUUGCACCAUUGCUUUCGCUGGCACUGCACAUGAUCGUUGCGAUCGGCAUACAGAUGGCCGGUUGGUAUCACGUACAAGCGCAACCAUGGUUCGAACCGUUCAACUAUACCUCCGACCGGGAAUUAAAUGACCACGGGUGCUACGAAAACUACACCAUCUUUGCUAUCUCCUGCUACCAGUACCUGAUACUGGCGAUCGUUUUCUCCAAGGGCGCACCGUACCGGAAGUCCAUCUUUUCCAACUAUGGAUUCAUCAUCAGUAUCGUGGUAAACACGGCUGUCGCGAUUGUGCUGACCGUGUACCCGCCUACCUGGAUAGCGGAACAGUUCGAGCUGGUUAUGCCGCCCGAGGGCGAGUUCCGAUUCCGUCUUUAUGUCGUCGCGUACGGAUUGAUAAACUUCCUACUGUCCUUAUUCAUCGAGCAGGUGAUUGUGGACGAGAUUGCGUUCAAGCGGCUGCGCUACCGAUGGCACAAUGUAGCCAAAUCACGCCGCAAGUACUUACAGAUUCAGCAAAACUUUCACCGGGACAUCCAUUCGCCCAGCGACUUUAAAACAGUGUACGGAUGGUCGAACGAAAAGUAUGAUUACUGACGCCACCUUACUGCUGGUGCUGCGGAGAACAACAGUGAAGCUGGCGGUGGUGCGAUGAUACUAGCAUUGGCACUUCAAAUCGCGUGGCUAUUGCUAGGGGCGGCGGUCAUGGUCGUAUGCCAUUGGAAGGAUGCGGGAUAUUACAACAGAGAAGCCAAGCUGCGGUAGCACUACCCCGCACCAUGUACGAUCGCUUGAGCCUGCAUCUGCACGGAAGCCUGCCUGAUUGAAAUGAGAAAGGCGAAGAGUUGAGCCUAAAUUGUUGAUACUGUUUGUGAUAUGUAUGAUUUUACACGCUUCCCUAGCGUAUAUGCCUCGGGGACACGCAGGCACCUUACGAUAACGGGGGGGGUUUUCAUCUACUACGGAUGGUGCAUCUACCAGAAAUAUCCCAUGUUACGAUUGAAAGACAAUAAUGAGCUGAACGAGCAGUGGCUGUACCACCACCGGACCGGGCCGAUCACCAUUCUUCUGGACGUGCAUCCUGGUGUCCCUAAAGGAUUUAUCUACCGGCAAGAUAUAUUUGUUUUUGUGAAGCAGUGGGGGUUAUUCCCCAGGACUAUAAGGGCCUUUGUGUGCAAGGUGCUGUGCGAAAUGAAUAUAUAGAUAUAUACACACACACACGCAAGUAAAACACGUAUUGAUCAAUAUAUCAGCAUCAUUGAGUAUUGCGGUGCGCCGAAGGACGAAGAAGCGUGCUAGUAUGUGUUGAGAGGUGCCUGUCAGCCGAACGUGUCGAUAGUUAUUGCGUAGCGAUUUGUAAUACGAUUUACAAAAAUUUGAAGAAGAAAAAAAAAUGGCGGACAAAACAAGACACACAGGGGUUAGGACGAACGAUUAGUCAGUUCCGUUCUGUAUUUUGUAGUAAUAGUGAUGAGCGUUAGAUGAAAAACGCUGCACACACUCACACAGGUUUUGUAGUACCGAAAGGUAGAGAACGACAGCUUCCUACCAAUAGAGGAACGCUCACGCUAAUAGAUAGGAUACAAAGACAUAGUCUCAAGGACACAAAUCCUCUUUCCUCUUCUAAUAAUGUCUUUCUGCCACUUACACCUUAGUUAAAAAAUUGUAUAUUAAAGCAUGCGCUUGGGCAAAAUCUUUAGUAAGUAGAUCAUUCAAAAUCCUCUAUUCGUUAGAUUUACGCCUAACGUAUUUCCAAGACGUUCUAAUCUUACACAUUUACUACAAAACAUACUGUUGCGAGUAAUGAGUUUCUAGGCACUAUAACCACCACUAUUCUCACAGUCUUUGUGCAAUGAUAACGGUAGCGGAAAAUUCACAUAGCGCACGGUAUGCCGGGUACAUUUAAACACAAAGCUUAGUCCAGCGAAACAGGCAAGAAAGAGCUCAUGAAUGAAUUGUUAGAAACCGUGCGGUCUUAAAGAUCGCGUAAAAAAGAAUACCAAAUCAAUGUUUAAGGAACGGGAUUAGUUCGUGUUCAUACUCAAAAGUAAUAGCGCAAAGGAAGGGGAAAAAUGGACAGCAAAGUUAACUUACUUAUGGAAGGGCCAUAUGCAAGGCGUGUUGUCUGUAGUAUGCUAGAGCAUAAGUGCACGCAACAGCAAAGGACGUCAGUGCAGAUACAGUUUGCAGCAAAUACUUACGCCAGUUGUAAAACUGUGCUAAUGGUAGUAAGCAGAAGGCACAAGGAAAGAACUGCACUGCAUUACGGGACACGGUGUUCGGAUGGGAAUCAAUAUGAUCAUCGAUGUGCAUGGAAAGGUCCGACCGCAGCAUAAUUCUAUUGCAUGAUUAACGAUGAAAAGCAGUCGCAUUGCCACGUCUAUUUAAAACGCUAGUUUGCCAGUUUUUAGCAGCCUGUUUGGCAGCCUUCUUAUGUAUUUCUUUACUUAAUACACCUCAGCCGGUAAGGAAGAAAGCGAGGUUUUUAGUUGAAAAAUAUGUGUUAGACUCAUAAAGUAUAUUUAAAAUUGUGCAGCACGUGACCUAAGUAUUGGAGGGUGUUGAAAAUGAGAGUGGAACUAGUUAAAUUAAAUUGACAUCGUUAUACAAACGUGUGUAAAACAAUGGCGCUCAGCUGGAUCAUUUGCCCGGGAAAAUAAAACAAAACUACAGUUCCAGUUGUGUUUGCUAGAAUUGAUUCAAAAUCAGUUCACAAUUGUACAAUAAAUUAUAUACGCAUUUCGUUUGUGAAGCAUUUGGUUGUUGACAGAGUUCGAACAAAUAACUUUGUAAUCGCGAAUGCUGCCUGCAUGUAUGACAUGUGCGAACGAUUGGAAACACUAGUUUAGAACAAAGGUACACUUUGACGAAGGUGCUAUAUAUGCCAGAACGUUUGCGAAAGUAAAACACAAAUGGCAAAUGGAUUUUGUGUGUCUGUGUAUAUAUGCAACAGCAACAUGUAGCCGGGGGUUGAAUUUAAUGAAAUAAAUCGAUUCUACAAUGUGUAACUAUAA